AUGGUCCACCUAUGGCAGGGCUCAUAUGAGGCUGCUGAGGGUAGGCAACAGCAGUCAGACUUGGUCGAGAGGAUGAUCCUCCUCGCGCUGGAGAUGACCGAGAUGAAGAAGGUGGCCGAACGCGGUGUCGAAGUCUUUGUCCGACUUGAACCUCAUCUGGAUGCGCCUGAUCUUGUUGUUGGCCACUUGCCAUUUGAUAGCGAGCAGAGGGCAGCGCACAAUGGCGGAUAUGUGUAG